UGCGCCCCGCCCCGACAGCCCCCCGCCCUCGCCGCCGGCCCCGCCCCGGCCCCGGCCCUCGCCACCGGUCCAGGGAGGGGACGGCGGGACCGGCGGGACCGGCGGGGACAGGGCGGGGCAUGGCCGCGGCACCCAGAGGGUCCGCGUCGCCCGCCGGCCCCGGCCCGCGUCUGGGCUUCAGCACCGCGGACAGCGGCGUUGGCGCGAGCGGGCUGAACCCCGGGGCCGCGGUGCCCAUGAAGGACCACGACGCCAUCAAGCUCUUCGUGGGGCAGAUCCCGCGGGGCUUGGACGAGCAGGACCUCAAGCCGCUGUUCGAGGAGUUCGGCCGCAUCUACGAACUGACGGUGCUGAAGGACCGGCUCACCGGCCUCCACAAAGGCUGUGCCUUCCUCACCUACUGCGCCCGGGACUCUGCUCUCAAGGCCCAGAGUGCUCUGCAUGAGCAGAAGACCCUGCCGGGGAUGAAUCGUCCGAUCCAAGUGAAGCCGGCUGCCAGUGAGGGCCGAGGAGUGCUAGAGUGGCCAGCUACCUUCCAAAUUCCCCUGGCUACUCUUAGGAGUCUAGGAGGCGUGGCGGGCCUCAGGACAUUAUCCCUGACUUUGUCCCCAGAGGACCGGAAGCUGUUUGUGGGGAUGCUGGGCAAGCAGCAGGGUGAGGAGGAUGUCAGACGCUUGUUCCAGCCCUUCGGCCACAUCGAGGAGUGCACUGUCCUGCGGAGCCCAGAUGGUACCAGUAAAGGCUGUGCCUUUGUGAAGUUUGGGAGCCAAGGAGAAGCCCAGGCGGCCAUCCAGGGUCUGCAUGGGAGCCGGACAAUGGCGGGUGCCUCGUCCAGCCUGGUGGUGAAGCUAGCAGACACUGACCGUGAGCGUGCUCUGCGGCGCAUGCAGCAGAUGGCUGGCCAGCUGGGGGCCCUGCACCCCGCACCACUGCCCCUUGGGGCCUGCGGAGCCUACACCACUGCGAUCCUCCAGCACCAGGCAGCUCUGCUGGCAGCGGCCCAAGGUCCUGGCCUUGGCCCGGUGGCAGCUGUGGCAGCCCAGAUGCAGCAUGUUGCAGCCUUCAGCCUGGUGGCUGCACCUCUAUUGCCUGCAGCAGCCAACUCUCCACCUGGAGGUGGCCCAGGUGCCCUCUCCAGUCUCCCUGCACCCAUCGGAGUCAAUGGAUUCAGCCCCUUGACCACCCAGACCAACGGGCAGCUGGGCUCCGACACACUGUACAAUAACGGGCUCUCUCCCUAUCCAGCCCAGAGCCCCGGCGUGGCUGACCCUCUGCAGCAGGCCUACGCUGGGAUGCACCACUAUGCAGCAGCCUAUCCAUCGGCCUAUGCCCCAGUGAGCACAACUUUUCCCCAACAAUCUUCAACCCUGCCCCAGCAGCAAAGAGAAGGCCCCGAAGGCUGUAACCUCUUCAUCUAUCACCUGCCUCAGGAGUUUGGGGAUGCAGAACUCAUACAGACCUUCCUGCCCUUUGGAGCUGUCGUCUCUGCCAAAGUCUUUGUGGAUCGCGCCACCAACCAGAGCAAGUGUUUUGGGUUUGUUAGUUUUGACAAUCCAACCAGUGCCCAGACUGCUAUUCAGGCCAUGAACGGCUUUCAAAUUGGCAUGAAGAGGCUCAAGGUCCAGCUAAAGAGACCUAAGGAUGCCAACCGGCCUUACUGAUGUGCUCUUACUGAAAGGGCCACUUGGAUCCACCUGACUUGACCCAGGAUCUGGCUUUGGUGCAACAGGCUGUUUCCAGGAAGAGAGACCCAGCUGCUCGACUGAGGGACCCUGAGAGUGCAGGCUGCUUUGGUCUGGCCCUCUGGGGUGACUUUUGCCUUUCACUCAAGGGCAAACACUGAAGAGUGAGAAGAAAGCAAAGAAAAAGCACAGAAAACGCUGGAGCGGCCCUUCCUAAGGGAACAGCUGCGGACGAAUGGACAGAGGCGGAUCGGACCCAAGGCCUGCGCCUGGGGCUCAGCCCCCCCCAUGCUGUUUCUGACCAAGCGGGUUGUUCUGCACCUGGCCUGCGGCACAGCGGCCAGGCACCAAGUGCUGACUGUGUAGGGGAGCAGCUGAGGGCUUGGGGGUGCCAAGGGCUUCCCUGCCAGGGGAGCCCAGAUUUACUUCUUUCAAAAUCAUAUCAUUCCUUAGAGUUUAGGGACCAAAGGACUUACUGCUUUUUUAAAGAAUAUAUAUAUAUAUAUGUCUAUAUAAAUUAAAGAAACAAAAAAAAAAAAACACAAGAGAAACAAAAAGUAUAGAGUCUAAUAAAAGCUGCCUUUAACUAUAUCCCUAGGAGACAGGGUGAAGGGAUGCUUGCUAGCCCCGCCCAGGCAGAGGAGCCGUGGAAAGAUUGUCCUGUGUCUCAUUUCCUCCUAAACCAUCCCCGGCCCCUUUACAGCCCAGUAAGGAAUUGAGAUCCAGACUCAUCUCCCGGGCAUGAGCAGGGUAUGGAAGCAAGCAGUGAACCCACAAUCCACUGCCCGAACUCAGAUAGCAGCCCUAAAGAGGUGCUGGGAGGACAUCAGGCCCAGGUGGCCCUCACCAUCCUGAGCAGUUCCCCGGUCAGCAGGAGAGGGGACCUGCGUCUCCUCAACAGUUUUCCCGGGGGACCCUGUUUUGCCAACCCAGAAGAGGGAGAAAAAGGGAGUUUGGCUUCCUGAGACUUUUCCUUCCAGUCCAGAUAGACAGAGGCCUUGCCCUUGGAUGAGCAGAGACAACUCCCAUGUCCCCUCCACAUGAGCCAGCCCCAGUGUCCCCUUGCUCCAGGCUACCUUGUGUCUGUUAGUCCAAGUCUGUCCACCUGUAAAGUAGUUUCAAGGCACGAGUAGACUAUGAGCACAGGUCAGAAGCUCAAGACUGUAUAUACUGCCAUUGAGUUGGGGAUCAUUUUCACUAUGUAGAUGCUUCAUGCAGCAUUAGAGGUCCCUCUUUACCCAGGACCUGGGCGGGAAGUAGAUGUUUUGCCAAAAUACUUCUUCAUUCCUUUUCGAGGUACAUCUUUCCUCUGCAAGACUAUCUCCUGCGUUCUUACCCAAGGUGGUUCUAGAUGGUGAGCAGCGUUUGGCUUAGAAGUGAUGUGUGCUAUCUGUUCGUCCUUGUCUGUCUGUUGUAUACAGUGGGUGCCAUAUAAAACUGAUCCAUGGUGGUGC